CACGGAUGUUACUAGACGGGAUGUUCGUUUCUGGAAAAAAAAAAUCAGCUGGCCUGAUUUUACCUGCCGAGUGAUAAAAUUCUUUCUGUGUGUAGCGUUCUCUUUAUUUUACUUUUUCAGUGUUGAUCAUAUAUGUGAAGAGGUGCAAGCAUGUAUCGUACCUUUUUAAAAGCUGCUGACAAGGCCCUUCCUCGUACUUUACAAAAGACUUGGUAUCUACGUCAACGGAUCAGACGACAGUUUGAAGCUUAUAAAAAAGAAACUGAUCCUAUUAAACGACUUGAGUGGGAGUCGCGAGCCAAAAAUACUCUCUUACUUGUUCAACUAGCUUCACAAAGAAGAGGAUUAGAGAAUGAUAUUAUUAAAAAUCUUGCUGAAUUGGAGUAUCACAGAACAAAAUUUAAUGAAAGAUCACCUUUGGCUUAUCACAAGAUUCGACCAGAAGUGCAGCAACUUCAUCAAAACGCUGAUAAAGAUUUAGAGAUUGUAAUAGACAAGUUAAAUAAAGAACUGAACCUUUGUCUGUAACCUAUGUCACUGUCAUCACGAAAGAAGAUCGAUUAUCAUAUGAGUCAAGUUCAAUAGAAACGCAUCCAUAAAAAUAGUAAAAUAACAAUGUUUUUAUUAAUUAAUUAGUCAAAUGAAGACAUAAUAGUG